AUGAUACCUUCGACAUAUGGGCCAAUUCAGGCCAAAAUUCGGUAUUGUGGCAUGAAUUGGCAAAAUUCGGUGGUUUUGGAUGAGGGCAAGCGUCACGGAGGUUUCAUCAUGCCCGACCCCAACAACUCAACAGCUGCUCCAUUACCAGAACACGAAGAUGUCUUAGCUACAAUCGCCUCAACCGACUCUGUAGACAUAGAAUGGGACAAGUUACGCGACAUACUUAAACACAAAAUUUCUGAGAACAUAUCGUUGUUUCAAGAGAACCAAGAGCCGCCACCACCACCACCAGCUUUCGUCCCCACCCCUCUCCAGUCGGGUGGGCUGAAAUUACCCCCCUUUCCUCCAAGGCGUCAAUCCCCCCUCGCAUCGUUCGAAAUCCCUGUCAAUUACAUGAAUGAUGAGCAAGCAGCCCGAAUGAAGCAGUACAUCUUUGACCAAUUGGAUCAGUUCGAAUCAAAUCCUCCUUUCACGAUACAGCGUGUCUGCGAACUUUGUAUCGAACCAAAAAAACACUAUAAAGCCAUAGGCAAAUACCUCCGUGCUGUGGAAAAGUCCUUGCUAGUUACCUCUACUUGGGACAGUUUCCCUCCCCUGCAAGAGAGCGAUUUGAGCACUUCUACGCGGUCCCUGACAGUUUCUGCGUCGAAUACACAGUCUACUCCUUCCACUCCGCUCUUUUCUCCGAUACCUUUCCUUCACACAGAUGCUCGUCGCUCAAAAUCCCGAAGCCCGCCACCCUCUCCACUCAAUCUAGCCGUAAGCGGAGGUCCGGAACCUUUAGAAACAAGAUCCUUGGGUCUGGGUUUAGUCGACGAACUCGAUGCACCAGGACCUGGGCACAUGAGCGAGCACCCGACGGCUCUCUCUGCGGUCACAUCGGUUGAAGAAAAGAGAGAAGUUGCACCAAUUGUCGAAAGCUUAGAGUCACGAUUUGUAAAGGCUGAAGUGUCGAUGGAUUCCGAGGAUUCCAUGGCCGUAGAUGAAAAUAAAGAAAAUGCUAGAUCUUAA